AUGUACCAAAACAUUGGUCUUGUGUUGUGUUUUGUGGUGUUUCUGUGCAUAUUUAGUGUAUUUUCUGUGACUGUUAGUGAGCAUCAUCAUGUGCAUUGUACACAUGAGCACCCAAAGGCUGACGAAGUAAUUAGGGGUGUGCAUAUAGAACCUGCUCACAUAGUCAAAAAACGCAGCAUAGAUCAACCAUUACGAAUAAGUAUAUUUUACGACCACUCUGUAUAUAGGUUAGAGCCGGAGAAGUUUGAUAUGAUCAAUAACACAAUUUUACCUGAAGCUGUGAAGUUUUGGGAGCAAGCACUGAAAGUUAGAAAAACUGGUGGUCCCAUCAAAUUAAAUAGGAAAUGUCCUACGCGUCAGGUGUUCGUCCGUGAUGGUAGGACACACUGCAUAGACCAGUGCAAUGCUGAAACUAUGUGUGGUGAGGUGAAAGUACCGGAGGAACAUUUAAAUCUUUGCUACGUGUGUAACAGUACAGGACAUAACUGCAGAUCGUUGCCUCGAAAUGUUCGAAUAGACGAUGAGGUACCGACAGAACUUGAUGGGAAUUCCAUUAACGAGGCAACGGAGGUACCGCAAGUGGCAGAUCCUGAAGUAGAUUAUUCAGGAGUAGAGGAUACUGACUUUGUGCUGUAUGUUAGUGCGGUGGAGACAGAGAGGUGUCGACGUGGACAGACGGUGGCAUACGCUUCUCAUUGCCAGCAGGAAUCUGCUUUAGACAGGCCAGUAGCAGGUCAUGCAAAUUUCUGUCCAGGCGAGCUGUCCACCAACAACAGGGACCUUCCGUCAGUGCUGUCUACUGUCAAACAUGAGAUGCUACACGCACUGGGCUUCAGCGUGUCACUAUUCGCUUUUUACAGAGAUGAAAAUGGAGAACCAUUAACGGAACGACGACCAGACACUGGGAACCCACCGAUGGACGAAGAAUUACAAAUUCACAAAUGGUCUGAUCGUGUUGUGAAGAAUAUAACGAGGAAGAACUGGAUGAUUCGCGGUGGAUACAUGGAGAGGACCUUCCAUAUGGUGGUCACUCCCAGGGUCGUUCAAGAGGUGCGAGAUCACUUCAACUGCUCAGAGUUGGAGGGCGCUGAGUUAGAAGACCAGGGUGGGGACGGUACAGCGCUCACUCACUGGGAGAAGAGGAUAUUUGAGAACGAAGCAAUGACUGGUACCCACACUCAGAACUCAGUCUUCAGCCGGAUAACUUUCGCUCUUAUGGAAGAUACAGGAUGGUACCGGGCCAAUUACGAGCACGCCACCCCUCUGGACUGGGGGAAAGGCCUCGGAUGCAAGUUCUCCAUGGUGUCCUGCAAACAAUGGCUGAAUUCGCAAAGGUUUAGCGAAUCUAUGGACAAUUCUACGACAAACGUUACUAACGGGACUACGGAGAAAGAGAGAAAGAACCCGGCUCCCUUCUGUGAGAGGAUCAAAGGUAAUCCUCUACGAACGGAAUGCUCCCCCCGACGUAACGCCGUGGUACUAUGCAACCUUGUGCGCCAUGACACUAUACUGCCUCGAGCAUACCAGCAUUUCGACACCCUUCCAAAUGUGGCUCCAGGUGAAGAAGCCCACUAUGGAGGCUCCGUCUCCCUGGCGGACUACUGCCCAUACCUUCAGGAAUUCACGUGGAGGCAUAAGAGCGUGCUCGUCAGGGGCAGCCGCUGUUCUUACGAGGAGAAUACGCCUAAAAGUGACGUGAACUUCGCUCUAGAGAAUUAUGGAGCGCACUCGAAAUGUUUUGACCAUAGCGACAGAGUUUGGGAGCAGAAGUCCUGUAGACAGAUCAGAGAAUGGCAACACUGGGGUUCGGGUUGCUACAAAUACAAAUGUGAAAGUGGCCGAUUGCAUAUUGUUGUCGGCAACUAUUCAUAUACCUGUUACCAUGCGAGCCAAGUACUUCAAAUAAGGAUAAUCAAAAAAGGGUGGUUGCACAAAGGGGGCGUGGUCUGCCCUCCUUGUAGGGAACUCUGCAAAGAGGAAUUCGCGUCCCGAAACGAGUACUGCAAAGGCGGAGAAGAGCCUUUGCCGCCAAAUCUAUACCGAAAUGACAUUUUGACUUGCUCGGCUGUCACCCUGACAUCUCCCGCCUUUUUAGUAGCCGCCAUUUUGAUUUUAAUAUUCAGUUUACAAAAGUAA